UCUGUCCCUCUCUGGGCUCAUUCCGUGUCUCUCUCUCCAUCAGCAGCGGGCUGGAUGCUAGCAGGGACAGAAACAUGGCUGUGAAUCUCGGCAAGAACAGACUGGCCCUGCUGACCGCCUACCAGGACGUCAUCGACGACACCUCGGACACUGACUGGGCCUUGUACACAUACGAGGACGACAGCAAUGAUUUGACCCUGUCAGCAUCAGGAGGAGGCGGCCUGCCCGAGAUCACUCUGACCUUUGACAGCGGGAGGGUGAUGUACGGCUUCUGCAGCCUGAAGGAGCCCAACUCGGCCCUGCCACGAUACAUCCUCAUCAACUGGGUUGGAGAUGACGUAGCAGAUGCCAGGAAGUGUGCUUGUGCCAGCCACGUUGCCACCAUCGCUGACUUCUUCCAGGGGGUGGAGGUCACCAUCAACGCCAGCAGUCUGGACGACAUCGACGCAGCAGCCAUCGGACAGCGGCUCACCAACGGGACGGCGUCGGUGGCGAGUCCGGUCCUGAGCCGCCUGAGAACUCGAGAUGAAGAACACGGAGAAGUGGGCACAGUGUACGAGAAGACCAACGCAGAGGUGGAGAUGAAGAAGAUCAACAGGGAGGAGUUCUGGGAGCAGGCCAAGCGUGAAGAAGAGAUCAGGAAGGAGGAGGAGAGGAAAAAGGCGGCGGAGGAGCGACAGCGCUAUGAGGAAGAGCGGAUGGAGCUGGAGAGGAAAGAGCAGGAGAACCGAGAGAAGAGGUACCGCGAGAGGGAACAGCAGAUCGAGGAGCACAGGAAGAAGCUUCAAGAGGAGGAAGAAGCCAGAGAGAGGUUAAGGAACCAGACCACCCUCGCAGCAGAGCCGAGCAUCGAGGACCUGAACCUGGAUAAGAAAGAGUCUGAGGUGGAGGAAGCCAAGGCGAUCAUCGCUCAGCGGUCAGGAAACCCUCGAGAGUUUUUCAAGCAGAAAGAGAGAGCCAUGACCAUCAGCUGCGACACUUCACCCGUCUCCAUCCACAGGACCGGGGGUGAUGAUGAUGACGAUGAAGCCAGCACAGAGCGAAACAUGGCCGCCGUGUCACCCAUACCUAAAAUAGUCACCACGCCAAUCAAAGAAGACUUCCGCAGAGAGGAGGACUGCAGAGGCCAGUGGGAUUCAGUGCCAAAGCAAGGCCAGAAACCACCGGUCCAGGAGUCUACACCUUCCAAGCCUGUUCAGAGUGUCGCCCCACAGUCCCGGGACUUCUCUGUGUGGGAGUCUGGUAACGACAGUCUGGUCAACCUGUGGGACAGCAGCCCCUCCGGUCCCACCAACACCUCCCAGUCCUCCAAUCUGGUGGACCUGAUGGGGGACAUCCCGGCUGGCCCCGCUGCUGCCAGCGGCAGGCCUCAGCCCCUCCUCAGCUUCGACGAGAUGAUGGACGGGACCUUCUGCUCGGGCACCAGCGUGGAGGAUGACCCCACCAGUCUGGUGGACGUGACGGCCUCUGACCAGAUGACCCUCAGCUACCAGCACGCACUGCAGCACGCAUCCGGGGAUGGGACGGACUUGGAUGACGGACAGCUGCUAAUGACCAAUGGGGAGACGCUGCUUAAAGAAGGGACUCAGGCGAGUGAGGGCUACUUUAGCCAAUCACAGGAAGAAGAAUUUGGCCAAUCAGAGGAGUCCUCGGCUAAACCUGCACCUGUCUUUUACAACAAGCCACCAGAGAUUGACAUUACGUGCUGGGACACAGACCCCGUGGCUGACGACGAUGACGACUAACCAGCCAAUCAGAAACCCCGACCACCGGACCAAGAGGAAGUAGGAAGUGCGCUUCAAGAAGAAACCGAUUUUUUUCAAAAAAAUUAAAAACACAAACAAAAAAAGUCCUAAUAAUAACAAAUCUUGCAUCAAAACGACUUCUGUAUUAUCUUUUAGAGGAAAACUGUAGCCAAUGAGAAACGCAGAUGGGUUUGAGUUGUUAAAGAUGGUUUAAAGGCUCAGUUCUGGUUUUUUCUGUGUCUUUGUUAUUUUAUUUAUUUGUUUUUCUUUUUCUUUUUUUUUUUUUUUGCUAUGCAGAUGUACUAGCUGGGAGCGGGGGACUUUUCUUUGUGUAAAAUGAUUUAUGACACAUUAACGUAGCGCACUGCUGCAUAUUAGAGACAAUGGAGCCCAGUGUGAGGCCGGCAGCCGACACACCACUAGUCUGUAGUGCUUUAAUAACACCCUAUAAAACUAAUACAGCUGCCAUGUAUACCUACACUCUCUGCUUCUUUUCUUACCUCUUUUUCACCUCCUUCCUUCUUUCUGCCUUCCAACAAGAACACCCCAGACAUAUUCACCUGCACAAGUCAGUUAAUCUUGUAUUUAGCCCUGGCUUCAUGGCAGGAUCUUUUAUUUAUUGGUGUGUAUCUUUCACUAACAGCUCCACAGAUCAGACCUGUUUUAACAUGAAGCUCCUGGACCGGCUCAGACAUGGCUGCACCUUUUUCACUCCCUUUUGUAUGAUUUGAAGACUGAAUUCAAGAUUAAAUGGCUUGUAAACCCGGUUUCAUUUUCUCAGUGCACUUUUUUUUCUUCGUCUGCCUCCUAGUGGACGAGCUGCAGCAUUACAUCAGCCCUCUCCAUGUAUUUACACAGGCUGAGCACUUCUGCAUCUAAUCUAGAGGCCAAUACAUCGAUAUUUUUCCAAGUCUA